UGGUUUGGACAACACAAAGACAACAACAAUGAUAGCUUUUCUGCUGCUGGCGCUGGUCACUCACUCCUUUGCUCUGCCUCUGCCAUCAGGGGACAAAGACAACUGGCUUUUAGCAGAGAAGUACCUCCGUCGCUUCUAUGACCUUCCAGCUGGUCUCCAAGGAAAACCAAGUACAUCAGGUGCCUUUCAGGCAAAGAUCAGGGAGAUGCAGAGCUUCUUCAAACUCAAGGUGACAGGAAAUGUGGAUGACAACACUCUGGAGGUGAUGAAGCAGGCCAGAUGUGGCGUCCCAGACAUUGGGGAGUACAACCACUUCCCUCGACACCUCAAAUGGGAAAACAACAAUGUCACAUUCAGGAUAUUGAAUUAUACACCAGAUCUGAAGAAAGCUGAUGUAGACAGAGCUAUCCGCAAUGCACUGAACGUCUGGUCUGAUGUCACCCCUCUGAUCUUUAAGAAGCUGCACACGGGCAUUGCUGACAUUAUGAUCAGUUUUGGAUCAAAAGAACAUGGAGACUAUAACCCCUUUGACGGGCCUAAUGGAUUACUGGCUCAUGCCUACCCACCCGGCCAAGGCAUUGGAGGAGACACUCACUUUGACGAGGAUGAACAUUGGACCAAAGAUUCAUCAGCUUACAACCUGUUUAUAGUGGCAGCCCAUGAGUUGGGCCACGCCCUCGGUAUGUCCCAUUCCACAGAUGCGGGCGCCCUGAUGUACCCUGUCUACUCGUAUUCUACAGGCUACCCAUUGGCUGAAGAUGACAUCGAAGGCAUUCAAGCUCUCUAUGGCCCAAACCCAAACCCAAGGAAAAGGAAGCCAAAACCUGACGCACCAAACAAAUGUGACCCCAUGUUAAGUUUUGAUGCCAUCACAGAGCUCAGAGGGGAAACCAUCAUCUUCAAAGACAGAUUCUACUGGCGUCUUCAUCCUCAGAUGCCAGAGCCUGAGCAGACACUGAUCAAGUCCACAUGGCCCUCUCUCCCCAACAAGGUGGAUGCAGCAUACGAGAACCCAGAGAAGGAUCAGGUCAUCAUAUUUAGUGGAAUCAAAAUGUGGGCGUUGAAUGGAUAUAACCUUGUGGAGGGUUACCCGAAGUACAUACACAAACUUGGUCUUCCCAAGACAGUGAGGAAAAUUGAUGCAGCAGUGCACAUCAGUGACACCGGAAAAACUCUGCUCUUUAGCGAGGAAGAAUAUUGGAGCUAUGAUGAAGCAACAGGCACCAUGGAUACUGGCUACCCACGAACCUUUGAGGAAGAUUUCCCAGGAAUGGAUGACGAAGUUGACGCUGCUGCUUAUCACUAUGGGUACUUGUACUUCUACCAUGAGCACACGCAGUACGAGUACAGUUACAACUCCAGGAAGGUCAUACGCAUGAUGAGGACCAACUCCAUUCUCAACUGCUGAUGAAGUGGUCUGCAGCCUGUCAGCAGAGGCUUAACAACACACAUGGAAACACAACACAUUUUCACAAUACACUAAACAUACACAAACACACACGUUAGAAGUGAGACAUGAGAAGAUGCAGUUCACUAUAUGAGCAGGAAAAUUGAGACAUUCAGGGUGCAGGUAACCUGUUACAAUUAAGCAGGUUUUUGUGAAGACAAUAUGAGACAUAUAUGUUUAUUUUUACUAGUGCUGGACACCUGUUGGCCAUCUGUAUAAUUUGUCAGACACAGAAUGGAAAAUUCCUCGGAAAGUUUCCUUAUUGAUAUAGAUUAUUGAUAUUUAUUUUACAUAUUUGUACUACAAGUUUCAAUAUGGACAGCAAGAUCCUUAGCAGGUUAAGUUUCUUGUCAGUAACAAAUGGUGUCAUUAUUUAACUACUUUAGUAUUUCAACAAAGAGAAUAUCAAUUUCCUUUGUCCUUAAAUCUCCCUUGACAAAAGCAGAGAAAUCAAAGCUGGAUUAAUGAUAUUGGUGUUGAAGAGUCUAAUGCAAAGUAAUGUUGUUCCAUUAAAUGACAUUUUGAGGGCGGUCCAACAUACAAGAUGGCAUUUAAAGUAUCAUCCUGAACACUGAAGAUGUGUCUCUGCACACAUAUUUGCAUAUUGAGUAUGCUAAAAGAUGAAGAUGAAACUUGAAUGGGGCCGUGUCUGAAAGAUCUACUUAUUCAAGGGAGAUUUCUUAACAUACUGCUUUUAGUUUUGUAAUUUUAGCACUGAGACAUUUUGGAGAUAUGUGACAUACGUGUGAUUUUUGCAAAAUGAUCCAUGAAAUAAAAUGUAAAUGAAUUAAAA